GUUUAAUACAAUCACGUAUUUUUUCAAACUAUUGAUAAGGUUUCUUUGAGCAACCAUGUCCGACGAACAAACUCCAAUUGUUUGUGAUAAUGGAUCUGGAAUGGUGAAAGCCGGUUUUGCUGGUGAUGACGCCCCACGCCAUGUAUUUCCGUCCAUCAUCGGCCGCCCUAAAACUCAGCAGGCUUUAAUGGGAAAUAUCAACAAGCAGGUUUAUGUUGGUGAUGAAGCACAGGUGAAGCGUGGUGUUCUUUCUCUCAAAUAUCCUAUCGAACAUGGUAUCGUGACUAACUGGGAUGAUAUGGAAAAGAUUUGGCAUCAUACCUUCUAUAAUGAACUCCGUGUGAAUCCUGAACAAUAUAACAUUCUUCUUACCGAGGCACCGAUGAAUCCUAAGCAGAAUCGUGAAAAAAUGACCCAAAUUAUGUUUGAAACCUUCAAUGUGCCGGCGAUGUAUGUAAGUAUUCAGGCAGUCCUUUCACUGUACUCGUCUGGUCGCACUACUGGUAUUGUGCUCGAUGCAGGUGAUGGAGUCACCCAUACAGUUCCCAUUUAUGAAGGAUAUUCAUUGCCACACGCCAUUCGUCGAGUGGAUAUGGCUGGGCGUGAUCUUACGGAAUAUCUUAUGAAGCUGUUGACCGAAAUUGGUAUGACUUUCAUGACGACUGCUGAAAAAGAAAUUGUGCGAAACAUAAAGGAGCAGCUUUGUUAUGUUGCAUUAGAUUUCGAAGAAGAGAUGACCAGCAGUGCCAAGUCAGCAAAUUUGGAAGCGUAUGAGCUACCUGACGGCUCGAUGAUCCAUAUAGGUAAUCAGCGCUUCCGUUGCCCGGAAUCUUUGUUCAAGCCGUCCUUGAUUGGGCUUGAUGAGGUCCCUGGCUUUCCUGAUAUGAUAUGUCAAUCUAUUAACAAGUGUGAUAUUGAUGUACGACGCGAUUUGUAUGGCAAUAUUGUUCUUUCUGGUGGCUCAACAAUGUUCCGAAAUCUGCCGGAGCGGCUGAGCAAAGAGGUCACGAAUCUUGCGCAAUCCUCUAUUAAACUGAAGGUUGUGGCACCACCGGAACGCAAAUACAGCGUAUGGAUUGGCGGAUCAAUUUUGUCAUCUUUGACUACAUUCCAAUCAAUGUGGAUUACAAAGGCAGAAUACGAUGAAGCUGGGCCAUCUAUCGUGCAUAAUAAAUGCUUCUAAAACUUUAUUUAUGUGCAGAUGCUUUUAUAUCUUCCGGUUUAUUUAGUUAUUUUUAUUAUGCUUUAUUUUAUAGUUGAUUAUUUUAAACUUCUUUGUACUAUAUCAGCGAAAUAUUAUUAAUUAUUUUAACCGUAAAAAUAUGCCUUAGCGGCCAAAUGAUUAUUUAUUCGAUGAUAUUAUACGGCUGAAGUGAUCCUUCCUUUGUUUUUCAUAGUUUUCCGACCAAGUUUAUGACUUUCGAUUGCGGUUUGACAAAAAAACCAAAGGAUAUUCAUGAUUUUUUUCAAAAAGUAGUAGUAUAGCACUACAAGAAGAAAUUUGUUAUUCAUGGUGUAAUAGGCAUAAAGAAAUGUUAUCAAUCAUUUUCCAAUAUAUAUAUUUAUAUAUAUAUAGAAGUGUAUGUAUGUGCGUGCGUGUGUGUGGUAAAGUUCAGAUUAACAUGUUUUAGUAUAGAAAAUUUGAGAAU